UGUUAUGGAGUUUCAACAGAAGUAGAUGGCUCUAAAGAUCAUUUAAUUUUUAAUUUUGAGAAAGUUUCAGAUAAAAGAAGUGCAAGAAUUAGCGUAGAAGAAGAAGGGGAAAAUGAUAAAAUUUUAGAUGAUAACAAUGAUUCAGAAUGUGAAUAUUAUGAAAAUGAAGAGUGA